UGCAGGAGGGAUGUGCGCGGAGGGCACCGGCAUUAGUGGGGCGGGCUCUGUGUGCAGGAAUGUGUGCACUGGGGCUGAGCGGACACACAUCCCCGCAGCUCGGAGUCUCCUCAGCCCGGGCUCCGUGAACCGGCUGCAACUUCCCGCCUGGUGCCGCCUAGCCCCGUGUAGCAGCCACCCCCGGUCUGCCCGCUUCUCCGCCGUCUUGGUUGCCUAUUAAGGGAUUUACAAGGAGCCAGGUCGUCCUCAGCAUGGGGCUGCAGCCCUUGGAGUUUAGUGACUGCUACCUGGACAGCCCCUGGCUCCGGGAGAGGGUACGUGCCCAUGAGGCGGAGCUGGACAGAACCAACAAGUUCAUCAAGGACCUGGUGAAGGAUGGAAAGAACCUGAUAGCGGCCACCAAGAGUCUUUCCACAGCUCAGAGAAAGUUUGCGCAUUCAUUAAGAGAUUUCAAGUUUGAAUUCAUUGGCGAUGCAGAGACAGAUGACGAGAGGUGCAUUGAUGCAUCGCUACAGGAGUUUUCUAAUUUUUUACAAAACCUUGAAGAGCAGAGAGAGAUAAUGGCUCUUAGUAUAAAUGAGACGCUGAUCAAACCCUUGGAGCGAUUUCGGAAAGAACAGCUCGGAGCGGUUAAGGAAGAGAAGAAGAAGUUUGAUAAAGAAACUGACAAAAACUACAGCAAUCUAGAUAAACACGUGAGCAUGUCAUCAAAGAAGAAAGAGCCUCAGCUACAAGAGGCAGAUGUCCAAGUGGAGCAGAAUCGGCAACAUUUUUAUGAGCUGUCACUAGAAUAUGUAUGUAAACUGCAGGAAAUCCAGGAGCGGAAAAAAUUUGAAUUCGUGGAACCUAUGCUGGCGUUUUUCCAAGGACUUUUUACGUUCUAUCACCAAGGAUAUGAACUUGCUAAAGAUUUUAACCAUUACAAACUGGAGCUGCAAAUUAACAUUCAGAAUACCCGAAAUCGUUUUGAGGGGACCCGAUCAGAGGUUGAGGAGCUGAUGAGAAAGAUCAGACAAAACCCACAUGAGCACAAACGAGCCAGCCCAUUUACAAUGGAGGGGUACCUCUAUGUCCAGGAGAAACGACCUGCUCCAUUUGGUUCCAGCUGGGUAAAGCAUUACUGCAUGUAUAAGAAGGAGUCCAAAACAUUUUCAAUGUUUCCUUAUGAACAUAGAUCAGGAGGGAAGAUAGGUGAAGGAGAGAGUUUUAUACUAAAGUACUGCUUAAAACGAAACACAGACACUAUAGACAGAAGGUUCUGCUUUGAUGUGGAAGCUGUUGAAAGGCCUGGACUUCUGAUCACCAUGCAAGCAUUUUCAGAAGAUGAUAGACUUCUCUGGAUGGAAGUACUAGGUGGAAAAGAAUCUAGAUUUCUGAGCCUUGCUAGAGCUACAACAAGAUCAGAGACAGGUGCUCAGCUAGACCAACAUGGAUUUGCUGUUGUAAAAAAUUGCAUCAAUGCUGUUGAGUCAAGGGGUAUUAAUGACCAAGGAUUGUACAGGGUUGUGGGGGUGAGUUCAAAGGUCCAGAGACUACUGAGUUUGUUAAUGGAUGUGAAGACUGGCUGUGAUGUUGAUUUGAGUGCUGCUGAAGAAUGGGAAGUCAAGACCAUCACCAGUGCUUUAAAACUGUACUUGAGGAGCCUGCCAGAACCACUGAUGACAUACGAGCUGCAUGAACAGUUCAUCAAUCCUGCCAAAUGUGGAAGUCCGGAGUCUCGGGUGAAUGCUAUUCAUUUUUUAGUUUACAAACUUCCUGAGAAAAAUAAAGAAAUGCUUCAUCUUUUCAUUAAACACCUAGCAAAUGUUUCAGCAAACGCCAAGAAGAAUUUGAUGACUGUAGCCAAUUUGGGAGUGGUGUUCGGACCGACGCUGAUGAGGCCUCAAGAAGAAACGGUGGCAGCCAUCAUGGACUUAAAGUUUCAGAACAUUGUUGUUGAAAUACUUAUUGAAAACCAUGAAAAGAUUUUUUCCAGCCCUCCUGAUGAGUCUGUGAAUGAGCCGACAUCCAUUUCUCCUCGUGCCCCACCUAGACAGUCACGGAGGCAGCGUAGCAAGAGGCCCCUUGCAGUUUACAACCUCUGUCUUGAACUAGAUAAUAAUGAUAACAACAACUCUCCAAAAGAAGAUACACCUACUGGUAGCAUGGAUUCUCUUUCGCCCCAGACUCUCACUCCUAUAGCGACAUGUGAAAAUACUUCCUUUGAGAAAAAUCAUCUUCUAGCAGACACCAGUGAAGUUUUAGAGUGGGCUGUCUCAGAGACAGAGCCAGCAAAAGUGGGGAACCUUCAUUAAAGGAAAAAUGUGCUAUCUGUACAAAGCAGCUUGCCGGCCACAUAAAGAAACCCCUUUCCCAGAGAUGUACAGAUAAGAUUAUGGCUGAAGAGACUCCAUCUUUAGUGGACAGCCUGAAAUCUAUCAUUAAAGAGGAAGUCUGCUCCGCCAUUGAAGCUAAGAUGGCUGUGAUUCCUCAGAGACGGUCUUGAAAUAAACUGAAUCUAUUUCUACCUUUGGUUGUGGUUCUGCGCUCUCCAUUGUCCGCAUAUCCAUUGGACUUCUAUGGUCCAGCAAUUCUACAGUUCCUACAUCCACCCGAUUGGCGGUUUGGCCCCGACACUAAGAGUGAUUGGACAAAUCUGGCUGCACCAACCAACCCUUAUUUUUUCUCAGCCCUCACGGUGGUUGCACCCAACUUGGUGCAACCCCAACCGGUGAGCAAAUUACCUCCCCUAAGUGAGGUAAAACAGUACCUUACAUAUUCACAUUAUGAGCGCCUUUCUCUUCUUGUUGCCAAUAAAUGCUGGCCCAGAUAUGUCAGGCUGCCACCUGGUCCAGUCCAAGUACUUUCUUCAAACACUACAGACUGGAUGUUAUCUCCAAUAGGGACCUUUCCUUCGGGCGUAAAGUCUUGUCUGUAGUGGUCCCUCCCUAAUUUUUUGAUUCCUCUGUUAUUCCUCCUGCUUAGUGCCGUUGGGGCGGCGUAUGGAAAAGAUAAUAUUUAAACUUGGAUUUUCCAUUUAGCCUCCACAACGGCACUGGGAUUUCCCACCCAAACUUAUGUUGAUUUGUCGAUAAUCCUUUGUUGCUUUUUUUGUUGCUAUGUUCUAUACCUUUUCAUCAGAUAAAGGAAGCAUAAAUAAAUAUACCUAUUCAGCAUCAUCUUAGGUUUCUCAGAUACUUACUGAAGAAGGUAAAGGGGAGGAGGCUUUUAAAUGAUUGUUCUCCACGUUGUUUUCUGUCCCUGGGAGGCAGGGUAUCCUGCUUAUUGCCGUUGUGGAGGCUAAAUGGAAAAUCCAAUUACUGGUAAGUGUAAUUAUCAUCUUUUAUUUUGUAUUUUCUUUGAUAACCACAUUGUUUGUACGCACUCUCCUUUUUUAUAUUAAAACUUCACUUGUUCACUCUUGUUUUCUAAUGAUUCCAUGACCUUAGACGAAGCGUUUAUUAUAUGAUUUUAGUAACUUGUGAAUGCUAGCAGUUGUAAAGUGUACUUACAGUAGGUGUUAUUUAAUGCAAGGUGUCUCAUCAGCCUGAUAUCAGUGGCAGCAGCUAAGAUUGAUUAGCUUUGGAUGAUAGAGAGCUGACAGAGGGAGGUCCAGUGUGACCCUGCAGGCUCUCAUUCUGAAUCUGAGUCUGUGGUCCUGACACUAUGUAAUUGUACUGACCCUGAGAAUGAAAGCAACAGUCAGUUAUGUUGCAUAGAGAACGCUGUAAAAUUGAAAUCCAUAAAAUGAUGGUCCAAUUCCAACUAACUUAGAAUUUUUUUACCAGCUUCCCACUGCACCAGCUUCGCACCAA